AUGCCUCUCAGCACUCCACUGCCAGCUGACUUGAAUGAAGUCUUAGGGAGCCCAGCCCUGGAGUCUGCGCAGAGGACGCGAGUCCCGCGGGCCUCUUCAACCAUCACGGCAGCCACAGGAGCGGCCCAGAGUGACGGCGCUGAGAGGAACUUGGCUUCAGGCAGCCGAGGGGCUGCCACUCCGCACAGGCAGCCAGCCCAGCUGUCGGCUCCAGGGAAGACGGGGCGGCUGGGAGACGUGACAGACGGAGUCCCGGGGAGCUCGUGA